UGGUGUAGCUGAACACUUAUUGUCUUGCGGCGGUGCGAAUUCGGUGGAAGGCCGAACAAGAGAGCACCCCGGUCGAUUCGUCAUAACCAUCAACCAUCAACCAUCAACCAUCACAUCACAUUAUUAUAUCGACCGCAUCAUACAACCCACAGCUACACCACACUACUACUAUUGCAGCUCAUCAUUCCAACAUUCCCACAUCUCCAUCAUCUCGUCCCACAUCCCUGUGCAACGAAAAUUCUUUCAAGCAUCAUGUCCGCCACCGAGAACGAGAACGAACACGAGAACCAGAACAAGAACGAGAACGAGGACCAGGACCAGGACCAGAACCAUAACCAGAACCUCGAUCAAGAUCGACUCCGACAGGCCGAGAGAGAACGAUCCGUCGACAGCACUACGAACGUGAAUAUGCACACGAACACAGUCACCAAUACUAGUGUCAAGAGACGGAGGACGGGCAGUAUCAGUGCCAGUACCACCAACCCGGCUUCGGCCUCAACUUCGGUUGAGAUUGUAGGUGGAGGUGGUGGGAGUAAGAACAAGCCGGGCGGGAACGGGAACACAAGUGGGAGUACAAGUGGGAGUACUACCACCGGGGGUGGGGGUUCGAGUGGAAGUACGGGUGCUAGAGGGAAGAAACCUAGGGAACAGUUCAGUUGUGUGGAAUGUUUCAGGAGGAAACAACGAUGCGACCGGAGAUUCCCGUGUAGCAACUGCAUCCAACGAAGGUUACCUGAACGGUGUUUACCUCCACCUGGGAUGACGCUGGGUCAUCAAGGUCAAGGUCAAGGUCAACCAGCUCCCACGAAUAUGCUCCACUCGGGAGGUACUGCUACGGUACCUCUGCCGGCUGGUCCCAACAACAAUAACCAUCACAUCGGGACGGCCAGCACGGGAUACUCGAUUGGGCGACCUGGGACGCACGUCAAACCCAAUGUUUUCGGUAACGGUGAUAACGGUAACAACAGCCACAGCAACAACAACAACAACAACAAUAUCAACCCGUUCUCGAAUCCAUCUUCGUCCUCGAUCUCCCUUUCACCACCUCAAGCCGGUCCGAGCUCCAGAGCCCGAACGUCGAUAUCGGGUUCGGUCAAACCGGACGUCGAAAACGCACCUCGACCUGCCUUGUUGAAUACGAUCUCUGGGUCUUCUUCUUCGUCUUUUCGAGGGAUACAUCCGGAUCGACAUCAGUAUCAGUACGAUCACCUUCGCCCAAACCAGACCCAGACCCAGCUGCACGACUCGAAAUACCACUCGCAAUCCGACCUAGAACGGCAAUAUGUCCAUAACGACCAUGAUAGCGCCUUCCCGCGGCCACGUACGUCAGCACCUCCCAUCGACAUCGAUAGCAAUACCGACCCAACCUCGACCCUGGCAGAGACCACGGCCAGACUCUCUCGCUUAGAAAGGUUGUUAUCCCUCAAAGACCAGGGGUACGCGGAGAAACGUUUGAGACUGGCCGAAGAGGCCGUUCUGAGGUUGUUGCAAGUUCGGGAGGGGGAGGAGGUCGAUGCAGAUCUAGAUGGGGCUUUGUAUGAGGGUCGGGGUCAUGAUCGGGGAAGAGGUGCGAUCGUAGGGGAAGAUAAGAGGGGGAUGGACGAGUCGGAGAAGAUGGGGCGCUCUCGGUAUGAUUACGAGGAGCGCGAAUUGUCGCACGGGAGGGGCACUGGAUCAGGAGAUCCAGGCCUUAUCGUCGGCUCAGGUGGGACGGGAGGUAUGGGUCCGAUCAUGGGGGACGCGAGCUCGGACGCUGAGGGUGCGAUGCAGGACGAAGGGGCGGUCGAGUUGUUGGGCGAUAACGGGUAUAACGGGGCGACCGCGCUGGCGGCUCUCAGUCGUGCGCCCGUACUAAGUAGGGUCCAAACUUCCUCCGCUCGAAACUCGUACGACGACCGUUCCUUCCUCUCGAUCAAGAAUCACCUCUCCGGUGUAUCGUCUUCGCUCGACAAGCUGCUCGACCUGACUCAUUUCCAGAACAACGAGAUCAGGGCGUUGUUCGCCGUCUUGCCAUCGAGGGAUGUGUGUGAAACGUUGAUCGGGAAUUACUGGAGAGAAUGGGACUGGACCCGAUGUCCGCUUCCUAACGGCGUCUUCCCCUCGGAUUGGCGAGCGUGGUUCGACGUUGAUACAUUUCUGCGGGCGCACGCCAAAGUCCUGUCCGAACAAGGAUCCAACAUGAUGGCCUCUCUCGCUCUCGUCCUCUCGGUCCUCGCGCUCGGUUCCGUCUCGCCCACCUUGAGGAGCACGGAUGGUCACGCCCUUUCGAGUGCGAUCUUUUGGGCCGCCAUCAAAGCUUUGGCUUAUUGCCAAUCACCCGGGUCGAACGAUAGCAAGACCAUGUGGGCGAGAGCCAUCCUGAUGCGAUACGGAGACCUGAUCAGAAACACGCAGAUGCAAUGGUACAUGAAGAGUAGCUGGAUUGCCAACGCCAUGGAUCAAGGGUUCCAUCGUGAUGGUGCUGGGUUCGGUCUAGCUCCCGAGGUGACAGCCGAAAGGAGGGUCAUCUGGUCUCACGUGCUGCAUGCAGACCGGGAAUGGGCGUUGGUGCUCGGCCGACCGAUGCAGGUCAAUCAAUAUUCGACGUUGAUGCCGACGGAAGCCGACCUCAUGGCGUGGCCGUGGGAUUAUCGGCAGUACUUGAUGGCGCGAAACGAGCUGACUCCCAUCCUCGAACGCAUCUCGACGCUCUUCCAAGAACUCAGCUUGAAACGCACUCCUGAAGCUCAUAGCAAUGGCAACUUUACGCAGACCGAUGCGUACAACGACAAGACGUAUCAGGACCUCUUGACGAUCGACCGCACGCUCGACGCCUACAUGGCCUCGCUGCCCGCCCACUUUUCGCUCGACCCGACCAAGACCAACGACGCCCUCGAACGCAGGUACCCCCGACUCAAAGUCUACCGGCAGAUCGUCAUCGCCCAAGUCAGCUUUGUCAGGAUCACGAUGCACCGGCCGUUCAUGCUCAAGGCGUUACGGAAGAAGAAGCAUCCUUAUCGGUACAGCUGGCAACGAUGCGUCGAUACCGCGGUCCAAGACCUCAGGGCGCGCAAGAUGUGGACCCGGACGUUCAACCCGUCCGAGCAGAGACAGAUGUUUAUCGGCGCAUGGGCGCUGUUCAACUCGGCCGUCGUUCUCGGUCUGUCCAUCCUUAUCAGCGUGGACAUGGCCGAGGUUCCGGAUCCUGACACGUAUCAAGAAUAUAUCGGACAUCUACAGGAAUGUGUAGAGACGCUGCAAUCCGACCUCGAUCAGGGGAGGGACGAUGCGGUCUCCAGGAGGGAGAGGAGGAUUAUGGAUUCGUUGUUGGCGAGGUUGGACGCUUGUACGAGCUCGGCGGCGAGACCAAAGAUCUCGCCCAGGGUCGUCGAGACGCCACAAUCAUCACCCCUAUCGCCGUUCAACCUCCUCGAAUCCCUACGGAAUCCCUCGUCAACGUCAACCCCAACGGUAUCACCCCUGCCAUCCAGUUCGACCCGUUCUUGCUGCAACCUUUCGCUCAGGAAUCGGGCAUGACGGUCGACGGCGCGUUGUUGAACGACAAUACCGCGUUUUUCAAUUGGGAAGGGUUUUUGAGCGAGAUGUAUUGCAACGAUCCGAUCUUCCCCUAAGAUAGAGGUAAGGGUAGAGGAUGACAGAGUAUUGUUCACACCGGGCGAGACUGUGGAAUGAUCAUAUAUCCAUUUGCCUGCUGCUGCUGCUGCUGUGAUAAGCGCU